AAUUUGCGUAGAUGAUUUAACUUACUGAAUUCAUAAAGACACAUAUCCGUACGAGCGUUUCUAGAAACUCAAAUUUUGUAUUAAAUAAAUCAAGAUCUGAUCUACCAUAAUAUAAAGAUGGCAGAUACUUCAAAUACAAUGGGUGAUAAUUCACCACAAGUAGAGAAAGGAUGGAUGGCUUUGCGGCAACAUAUUAUUGACAAUAAAAUUAAAGUUGGAUUAUGGAUUACAAGACUUUUCACUAUUAUAUUUACUAUUGGUUAUAUCAUUCCUAUAUUUGGCAAUUCUUAUAAUAUUUAUUAUAAAGUUUUAAUGAGUAAUGCAGCAACUAGUGCAUUACGUCUUCAUCAAAGGGUACCACGUGUUCAACUUAAUAGGCAAUUUUUGGAACAUUUGUUUCUUGAAGAUUCCUGUCAUUAUUUAUUUUAUUCUUUGAUAUUUUUAUAUGCAGCUCCAGUUACAUUGGUGUUAACUCCGGUAUUUUUAUUUGCACUGAUACAUUUUGCUAGUUAUUCUCUUACAUUAAUUGAUUGUUUAGGACAGAAUAGUUGGUGGGGAGCACGACUUUUAAUAUCCUUAGUUGAGUUUCAAUCACGGAAUAUUUUACGCAUCUGCGCAUUGUCGGAAAUAGUUAUUUUGCCACUCACAGUUUUUCUUGUAUUCACGGGUCGUGCCGGUUUAUUAACACCAUUUAUUUACUUUCAAUUUUUAAAAUUACGUCUGGCAUCACAGAGAAAUCCGUUUACCCGCAAUGUUUUCUAUGAACUUAGAAAUGGACUGAGUUCAGUUUCAAGAAAACCGGCGGUCCCAAUUAUAGUGCGACGGAUAAUUGAAGGUUUACUAUCACUUACUCAGCAAAUGGCUCCAGUUCGUCAAUAAUUUGAUAUUUUAAACAUAUACGUUAAGUUUUCAAAAUAAAUUUCCUAGGGUACUAGGGUCCAUAUAAUUUCAUAUGAUUGAUGGAGUGGAAAUGUUGAAAGUAACCGAAAGUUACAGUUAAUUAAAUGGUGUAUGCUAAUAAUCUAAGUAUAAGUUAUAAAAAUCUCAAUUGAUGUCAGUAUUCAUUUACGAAUAUUAUGAAUGAUAAAUGACAUUUUGAAAAUAUUUCAUACAACUUAUUGUUAGACUAGAUUUAGAAUUUAUUUACUACAUAGCAAAACACUUGUACGAUUGAAUUGUGUAAUUGCAUUUUUAAUGUUUUGUAAUACAUAAUGUCGAUUUGUAAUAAGAUUUUAACUACAUCUUUCUAAAUUACUAUAAAUGUGCGUAUGACACAAGCUCAUUAGAAUUUAUUCAAAUCUUCUGUUUGUUUCCUUUUUUUUUAAUUAUUAUUGUGAUGUACCUCUUCACCGUUUGAACAACUGUUCACCUGUAAGAUAAAUUAAUAUCAUAUAUACAAUGAGGAAUAUAGGAAUAUUGGUUAAUGUGUAUUAUGUCUCACAGUUGGAUAUAUUUUGGUAUUGUUCAAAAAUGUGUUGGCAUCUAUACUUAUGCAAUCUACGGUUCUUUAGAAAUUAAUCAAUAUGUUAAACAUUUAAUGUUUGAUAAAUCGUUCUAUUAUUUGAUGUAAAUAUAAGUUGUUCUAUAGAGUUUAUAGUAAAACAGCAUUUAGUUAUGUGCGUUUAGUUCAUCUCAAAAAGUCAAUUAUCUGGUCUAUAACAAAUAUUUUACUGCGUUUAUUGUAAAUGAAUUUUACUCAUAAUGUACAGUGUGUUUGGUUAUGGGUGGGCAUGCUUUGACAGGAUGGCAGCUGGGUGGCCGCAAACAAUUAUUCGGCAUUGCAUCGGUAAUAUAGUAAACGUAACUUCAAUCAAGCUCAUUAAUAAUUCAAAAACUAAACUUUAACAGUAGGUUUGGUAAAAGAAAAUGUUGUUCAGAAUUAUCCUGGCUACUGCCUCCUUAAAGCAUGUCCAUCGGGAGCCGAACAUCUUUAUAUAGAAAAAUGAUUAAGUAUAAUAUAUGAAGUUUUGGUAAAUAAAAAUAUGAAAACAUU